CAUCUCUCUCUCUCUCUCUCUCUCUCUCUCUCUCUUCUUCUUCUUCUUUAUCUUGUUUUCCGCAGCCUUUACUUUUUCUUUUACCUCUGAUCUUUGUUAUCUUCCAUGGAUCCAUUCUAUUUCUUCACUAAAGGUUCUCUCUUUCUUAAGUUGGUGAGAUGAAUUGAGAGUUUAGUCCACGCACGUGUAUCUAUUGCCCUCAGGUGCUUGUUACUUAUCUGAGUUUUGGAUUUUUUAAAAAGAAGUCUUUUUUGUUUUGGCUGGAUAGUAUUUUUAUUACCAUUUUGUUGAAGAAUGAGCUUAACCAAGAAAUCAAGUGAUCCAAAGCUAAGUGGUACUAGUAUCAAGCCAACAACUUUGAACCCUCAUGCUGCUGAGUUUGUUCCGUUUACACUACGGUCUCCUUCAUCUGGAAGUACAAGCACUUUGGAUGCUGCUACGUCUAGGCUUUUAGCUUCCUCUAGCUCUGUAGGGAAAGCUGUUCUUGAUCGAACUGAAUCGUCUGUGUCGCAUCACUCUGAUGAAGAAGCACGUCAGUUCUGGAGUCACCAACUUCCUGAUGAUUUAACUCCGGAUUUCGGGUUAAUGACUCAAGAUGAAAAUUCUUAUGGAUCUGGGAGUUUGUCGUUAGCUGGCUUAUCGUUGUAUGAUGGUAACGAAGCUGAAAAGUUUCCUUCUCCUGGUGGAGGAUACGGAUUUUCUGACCAAACUGGAUUAGGUUCUCAUACCGCUAAUGGUAAUAGCUUGGCUGAGAAGAGUAGAUAUCCCAUUUCUUCAUUUGGGGAAGAUCCUCAGCGGCCGAGUUUCAUGCAAAUGAGUCCAAAGCCUUGGGAUAAGCAAAUCAUGAAUGCCGAGCAGCUAAUUGGGAAUGACAGGGAAAGAAACCCUUUCAGUGGGAACUCUCGGCAUGGCUUCGUUAACGACAUCAUCACUGAGAGUCCAGGGGAAAUGGAAGUCAACCCUGUGGAUUUUCUUGCUUCUCAGUUCCCUGGAUUUGCCGCUGAAAGUUUAGCAGAAGUUUAUUUUGCUAAUGGGUGUGAUUUGCAGUUGACAGUUGAGAUGCUUACUCAGCUUGAGCUACAAGUGGAUGGUGGCUUGAAUCAGAACAUGAGCCCUAAGACUUAUGCUGCGCCUAGUCUUAGUCCUAUGGAUUUUCCUGCUCUAAGCAUCUCAAAUAGCCAUGGUAUUCCUGCCCAGUUUGGUGGGGAUGAUUUGCAACAAACUGGAAAUCAUUACCAAUCUCCUGAAAAAGAUAACAUGUUCUUCUUCAAGUCGGGACCAUCAGUAUCUCAGCCUGGUGCAAUCGAUUAUGUUUCUGCUGUCAGGAAGUUAGCAUCUCAGGAUUCUGGUAUGUGGAAAUAUGAACGCAGUGAUUCGGCAGACUCAUCCAUUGGCACAAGCAGAAAUUCUCAUGCUUCAGCUGGUGCUUACAAAAGUGGCCGUGGGAGGAGUAUAUAUUCAGAUAAGCUGCAAAGUCGAGCUCAGACUCGCCCUGCUCCUGUCUGGGUGGAAACCGGGGAUGCAGUUGGGAAUAUGUAUUCUGACUUACGCGAGGAAGCACGUGACUAUGCACGUCUGCGGAAUGUUUACUUUGAACAGGCACGGCAAGCAUACCUUGUUGGCAAUAAGGCCUUAGCUAAAGAACUAAGUGUCAAGGGACAGUUGCAUAACAUGCAAAUGAAGGCUGCUCAUGGGAAAGCACAAGAAGCCAUUUAUCGCCAGAGGAACCCGGUGGGUCAAGGAAACGGUAGAGGGAAUGAGAGAAUGAUAGACUUGCAUGGGUUACAUGUGAGUGAAGCUCUUCAGGUGUUGAAGCACGAACUGAGUGUAUUGAGGAGCACAGCUCGAGCAACGCAAGAGAGACUUCAGAUUUACAUAUGUGUAGGUACUGGCCACCACACAAGGGGUUCCCGCACUCCGGCUAGACUCCCAGUUGCUGUACAGCGCUACCUACUCGAAGAAGAAGGCCUUGACUAUUCUGAGCCUCAGGCCGGUCUCCUUAGAGUCAUCAUAUACUGACAGAGAAAAGCCAGGUACUUAUAUAGGAUACACGACGGGAAAAGAAAACAAAAAAAAAAAGGAAAAGUGACCACGCUAUUCAUUUUGUUGUAUCUGUUCUGUACAUGGGGAGAGAGAGAGAAGAAACUAGCUGAAAAUGAAGAAGGAAAAAAAAAGUGUUAGGAAAGAGAUCUGCAAGAAGGAAGGAAUGAAGGCGUAUGCAUAAAAUGUUUAGGUUUGUUCAGUUAAUACUUUUUGUAGCAUCAGAGGAUCAAUCAGACCUCUUUCUAUCUUUUUGUCGGGAUUUAUACGAUGUUUUGUUGAUUCUCUGUGCUUUUUUACAGUUUUACUCUAUAUGCUAUACUCCUUUCUUCUGGAAAUUCUCAUAUUUGUAAUUUUCUUAGAUUCAAUGUGCAUCACUAAGUUUUGAAUU